AAAGUUGGGGUCUCCAAGCUGGAGACCAUCGAUACUGGGAUAUACGACCCUGAUGCUGGACUCAGUGACGAAGAAAGAGCAAGAAUAGCCCUCGUCCGAAAACUCGACUUCAAACUCAUCCCAUGGGUCAGUAUCAUCGCUCCUUGCAAACAUCAUCCGUCGCUCAUUCGAACAACANNGCUCUCGUUCCUAUACCUCAUCUCUUUCCUCGAUCGAACAAACAUCGGCAAUGCCAAAGUGGACGGUCUGGCCAAGGACCUACACCUCACCCCUGGCCAAUACAAUGCAACGCUCUCCAUCUUCUUCGUCUCCUACUCGGUCUUUGAGCCCUUGACAAACGUCCUGCUCAAGAAAUGGCGACCCAGCGUUUUUCUUCCCGUCAUCAUGACGCUCUGGGGAAUUGUGAUGGUUACGAUGGGCCUAUGCCACAAUUUCGGUGGUCUCGCAGCCGCACGUUGGUGGCUAGGCUUCGCUGAAGCAGGUUUGUUCCCUGGAGUCAACUACUACUUGUCGUGCUGGUACAAGCGUAAGGAACUCGGUAUCAGAGCAGCCAUUUUCUUCUCCGCAGCAGCUUUGGCAGGCAGUUUCGGCGGUCUCCUGGCAGCAGGUAUCGCUCAAAUGAAAGGCGUUGGCGGCAAGCCUGGUUGGGUAAGAUUGACGGACUUUGCACUCAUAGAUGAUACUGACUCUUCAAACAGNGCUUGGAUUUUCAUUCUCGAAGGCCUGGUCACUGUGGUUGUUGGAAUCGUGUCUUACUGGAUGGUCCAUGACUUCCCGGAUGAGGCUACGUUCUUGUCUGUCGACGAUCGUGCCAGAGUGAUCAGAAGACUCAAGGAAGACCAGCAAGCAAGUGCCGAGCACGAGAGCGUUGCCGACUGGAAGACAUGGUGCUUCGCGGUCAUCUACAUGGGAGCCGAUGGUGCGCUCUACGCCUUCUCACUGUUCUUGCCCACCAUCAUCAAUGCGCUUGGAUACAGCGGCACCACAGCAAACCUGCUAUCCGUUCCACCAUAUGCUUGUGCUGCGGUCUUUACGGUAUUCAUUGGUUGGAUUGCCGACAGAACGCAGAAGAGAGGUCUCAUCAACGUCUGCGUCUCUCUGCUUGGCAUCACAGGCUUCUGCAUGCUCAUCGGAUCUCAAAACCCUAAUGUCAAAUAUGCCGGUACAUUCCUCGGUGCUCUGGGCAUCUACCCAUUGAUCAGUAACAGCGUCACAUGGUGUUCCAACAACGUCGAAGGAGCUUACAAGAGAGGUGUGACAAUUGGUAUCGUCAUCGGAUGGGGCAACCUCCAGGGCGUGGUGUCCUCAAACAUUUACCGCGCCAAGGACAAGCCAAAAUACUACCUCGGUCAUGGAGUAGUGUUGGCGUACUUGUCACUCUUCUUGUUCUGCGGAAGUUUGAUGACACACCUCUUGCUGAAAGCCGAGAACAAAAAGAGGCAAGCCGGCAAGCGCGACCACUGGAUUGAAGGCAAGGACGAGUCUGAAAUCAGAAUGUUGGGGGACAAGCGACCGGACUUCCUCUACGUCACC